AGGCCGGAUCAAAUGCAAAGUAGCCAUAGAGUUUAAAAGUCCCAAGGGCGAAACGGGGGUGCAAAGCACAGGUAUGUUCCUCCGGGUUGGGCGAGAGCCCUUGACGCAGCCAGAAGACCCCCAAACUUAGCUUAGCAACCUGGUCCUGCAGUAGCCCGCAGGGCGUUUCCGUGCGGCUGCCGUUCCCUCCCCUCAGGUCCGCCUGUAUCCCUGCAUUCCGUGUUGCCGUACAAGCAUCUCUCCAGCGCUCUCCGCUCCCUCCCUCUCAUUCCCAACAGCUUGCAGCCUCGUUUGCCUCUCUGCAGCUUCACUCGCUCAGAGCUUUAGGAGGGAGGGUGAAGAGGCCGCCAUGUUGGAUCCGGACACUUCAGUAGCAACCGGAGCUUAUGCGUAAGGCUGUGUGGAGUCAAGGAGGACGGACUGUGAAAGAAGAGGAGGAAAACCACCACGAAGAGGAAGCGGAGGAAGGAAUGGGGGGAGUACACUCUAUAUCUGUUUGCUACUCGAAGAGGAUGCCCUAAGCAUGGUGGACCGAAAGACGGGCAGCAUCUCUUCAUCUUUUCCACUGGAAAACAGCAGUAGCACCACAGCAUCUUCUGGAGGAAGCGCGCAAGCGGAGUGGGAGAUGUGUGUGGAUUGAAAAAAGCCAUAUCCUGUCCCCCUGUCAAGACAAACAAGGAGCUAGAGGACGUGCAGCGAUAUGGAGAGGAUUUGCUAGGAUUAUUACCAGCCCAGCCUACCCGUCCCUUGACUGGGUGUGCUGAUAUUUAAGAGAUGACGAUUAUUACUUUCACCGAUAUUUAAAGGGGGGGGUGAUUUCCCCCCUCCACAUGCUCUCCCUCCCCAGUAUAUUGGGGAGGGAGGUUAAGGAAAUAAAGACUACACAUUUUUUGGAAUGGUGAAGAGCCUUAAUGGGAGAGUGGUACAGAUUGCCCUAAGGAAGGAUUCAGUUUCUGAGGACUUUUCUUCCUCUUCCUCUCUUCUUCCCACCUCCCACUUUCUGAAGAGUUGCCCACUGAUGCAUUUUCUAAGAGGAGGCGGAGGUGGAGGUGGUGGAGAAGGUGGUGGAGGUGGUGGAUAUUCUCCAGCACUAGGUCUUCUGAAUCCUGUGCUUUUUAUUUUUUGCCCUCCCACCUUCAAGUAGCUUUCUUCCUGCUGCUCUUUCGUUGAAAGUGAAUUGUUGAUGCAAAUGGAAUGGGGACUUUACACUUUAAUGAUGCAGGAUUCAUUUCGGGAUUGGGUUUCAUGAUCUGAAUUUCCAAUGAAGGAGAAGAUCUUUAAAAAUCUAUAUCAAUGACAGAAGAGUGGAUUCAGUCUUGGGAUGAUUUUUUUAAUUAUUGUUAUUUAAAUUUAUAAAGUAUAUAUUUUCUCUUUUAAAUGUAUUAAAAGAGAUUUUAGGGUAAUUAUUUUUCUUUAAUACUCUGUAUAUAUUGUAUAUGUAUGUGUGGAAAGACUGACGAAGCUACAGUUCUCAGAAUGGCAGUUCUGAGAUGGAUUAUACAUUCAGCACCAUCUCUAAAGCUCUGAGUUUUCAAAAUACUUUUUAUAAGCUGUUACAUAUUCUAAUGUGCUAGAUUUUUCAAAGAUAGCAAAAAAUAAUAAAGAAGGAAAGCCAGUUAAAAACUGAAGCAGCCAUGUCUGGAGAAGUGCGCUUGAGACAGUUGGAACAGUUUAUUUUGGAUGGGCCAACUCAGACCAGUGGGCAAUGCUUUAGUGUGGAAACCUUGUUGGAUAUACUCAUCUGCCUUUAUGAUGAAUGUAAUAAUUCACCCUUGAGGAGAGAGAAGAAUAUUCUGGAGUUUCUAGAAUGGGCCAAGCCUUACACUUCUAAGGUGAAGCAGAUGCAACUGCAUAAAGAUGACUUUGAAAUCUUGAAGGUGAUUGGCCGAGGUGCCUUUGGGGAGGUUGCUGUUGUGAAAUUAAAAAAUGCAGAUAAAGUGUUUGCCAUGAAAAUAUUAAAUAAAUGGGAGAUGCUGAAAAGAGCCGAGACAGCUUGUUUUCGAGAAGAGAGGGAUGUUUUGGUGAAUGGAGAUAACCAGUGGAUUACAACAUUGCACUAUGCCUUCCAGGAUGAAAAUUAUUUAUACCUUGUUAUGGAUUACUAUGUUGGUGGAGAUCUGCUUACCUUGCUCAGUAAGUUUGAGGACCGGUUACCUGAAGAAAUGGCUCGCUUUUAUUUAGCUGAAAUGGUGGUAGCAAUUGAUUCUGUACAUCAACUACAUUAUGUCCACAGGGACAUCAAACCAGACAAUAUCCUGAUGGAUAUGAAUGGACAUAUUCGGUUAGCAGAUUUUGGUUCUUGUCUGAAGCUGAUGGAAGAUGGAACGGUUCAGUCUUCAGUGGCAGUUGGAACACCAGAUUAUAUCUCUCCAGAAAUCCUGCAAGCCAUGGAGGAUGGGAAAGGAAAAUAUGGUCCCGAAUGUGAUUGGUGGUCCCUUGGUGUUUGCAUGUAUGAAAUGCUUUAUGGAGAAACACCCUUUUAUGCUGAAUCUCUAGUGGAGACAUAUGGAAAAAUAAUGAACCACAAAGAGAGGUUUCAGUUUCCUGUCCAAGUGACAGAUGUGUCUGAAAACGCCAAGGACCUAAUUCGAAGGCUUAUCUGCAGCAGAGAACAUAGACUUGGACACAAUGGGAUAGAAGACUUUAAAAACCACCCAUUUUUUUCAGGGAUUGACUGGGAUAACAUUCAGAACUGUGAAGCACCUUAUAUUCCUGAAGUCAGCAGUCCAACAGAUACUUCUAAUUUUGAUGUAGAUGAUGACUGUUUAAAGAAUUCUGAGACGAUGCCACCACCAAUGCAUACUGCAUUUUCUGGCCAUCACCUGCCAUUUAUAGGAUUCACAUACACUAGUAGUUGUGUCCUUUCGGAUCGCAGUAGUCUAAGAUUUGCAGCUGGGCAACGUGUAAUGGACCUUGACGCCAGUGUUCAAAGAACACUUGAGGAUACCUUAGCUACAGAAGCAUAUGAGAGACGAAUAAGACGUUUAGAGCAGGAAAAGCUAGAACUUAGCAGAAAACUUCAAGAGUCCACACAAACAGUCCAGGCCCUACAUUAUUCAACUAUAGAUGGUCCAUUAACAGCAAGCAAAGAUUUAGAAAUUAAGAGCCUGAAGGAAGAAAUUGAAACAUUGAGAAAACAAGUCAUUGAUUCUGGACAAUUGGAGCAGCAACUUGAAGAGGCCAGUUCUGCACGAAGAGAAUUAGAAGAUGCUGCCAGACACAUCAAAACUUAUGAGAAACAGAUCAAAGCACUAAAGCAAGAGAGGGAUGAUCUUAAUAAGGAACUGCUUGACUCCAGUGAGAGGUUAAAAGCACAAACCAAAGAGCUGAAAGAUGCACAUAGCCAACGGAAACUGGCCAUGCAGGAAUUCUCCGAGAUGAAUGAGCGACUUACUGACUUACAUUCGCAAAAACAGAAGCUUACUCGCCAAGUUAGAGAUAAAGAAGAAGAGAUGGAAGUGGUAAUGCAAAAGAUAGAAAGCUUGAGGCAAGAACUGCGCAGAACAGACAGAAUAAAGAAGGAACUGGAAGUUCAUGCUGAAGCUGCAGCUGCUGAGGCAUCCAAGGACAGGAAGCUGCGUGAGAGAAGUGAACAAUAUUCUAAGCAGCUGGAAAAUGAAUUAGAAGGACUAAAGCAGAAACAAAUUGGUUGGUCUCCAGGGGUGAGCAGCACAGAACAUCAACAAGAGAUAACAAAAUUAAAAGCUGACUUGGAAAAGAAAAUUGUUUUUUAUGAAGAAGAGCUAUCUAAACGAGAAGCAAUACAUUCUAAUGAACUAAAAAAUCUGAAGAAGGAACUACGUGAUGCAGAGAUCCAACAACUUGCUCUCAAAAAGGAAAUUCUGAUAUUGAAAGACAAAUUAGAAAAGACAAGGAGAGAAAGCCAAAAUGAAAGGGAGGAGUUUGAAACAGAAUUCAAACAUAAAUAUGAACGGGAGAAGAUUCUACUGACUGAAGAGAACAAGAAGCUUUCCAAUGAGCUUGAUAAGCUUACAGCAAUGUAUGAGAGACUGAGUAUGAGUAACCGGCAACUUGAAGAAGAGAUGAGAGAUCUUGCUGACAAAAAAGAAUCGGUAGCACACUGGGAAGCCCAGAUCACUGAGAUCAUCCAGUGGGUGAGUGAUGAAAAAGAUGCUCGAGGCUAUCUUCAAGCCUUAGCCUCCAAAAUGACUGAAGAACUAGAGGCACUGAAGAGCUCCAGCUUGGGUGCCAGGGCAACAGAUAUGCCUUGGAAGAUGCGUCGCUUUGCGAAACUAGAUAUGUCUGCAAGGUUAGAACUACAGUCAGCACUUGAUGCAGAAAUACGAGCCAAGCAAGCCAUUCAGGAAGAGUUAAAUAAAGUUAAAGCUUGUAAUAUUGCAACAGAAUGCAAACUACAGGAAUCUGAAAAGAAGAACUCUGAGCUGUUAUCAGAAAUAGACAGACUGAAAAAAGAGACGGAAGAACUCCAGUCAGAAAAGGGAGUGAAACAUCAAGACUCACAGAAUUCUUUCUUGGCGUUUUUGAAUGCACCUACCUCUGCUCUGGACCAGUUUGAACGCUCUCCCUCCUGUAUUCCAGCUCAGAAAGGCAGACGUAUUGAUUCUGUUGAAAAUUUUACCUUAUCUAAUACGCCUUCGCGGGAUGAAGAUAUCAAGUAUCAUCUUCAUUCAAGAUCUAGGUCCCCUUCCACAGCUAGUGACAUUGAACCAAUUGAGGUUUCAGAUCAUCCUUUGCGUCCAGUUCAUACACCAACCAUGAGGUCACCAUAUAUUGGUUCAGGACUCUCUGUGCCAAAGCCUAAGGCCCAUCAGUUUGUAGUAAAAUCCUUUAACACCCCUACCAAAUGCAAUCAGUGCACAUCAUUGAUGGUUGGCUUAAUAAGACAGGGCUGUACCUGUGAAGUCUGUGGAUUUUCAUGCCAUGUGACCUGUGCAGAUAAAGCACCGGCAGUAUGUCCCAUCCCACCUGAACAGACAAAAGGUCCUCUAGGGAUUGAUCCACAGAAAGGAAUAGGAACUGCUUAUGAAGGGCAUGUCCGAAUCCCUAAACCAGCUGGAGUGAAGAAAGGCUGGCAGAGAGCCCUGGCUGUUGUCUGUGACUUCAAGCUCUUCCUUUAUGAUAUAGCAGAAGGAAAAGCAUCCCAGCCCAGUGUGGUAGUUAGUCAGGUUCUUGAUAUGAGGGAUGAAGAAUUCUCGGUGUGUUCUGUCUUGGCUUCUGAUGUCAUCCAUGCAAACCGAAAAGAUAUUCCCUGUAUCUUUAGGGUUACAGCUUCCCAGCUAUUAGCAUCAAGUAAUAAGUGUUCAGUCCUGAUCCUGACUGACAGUGAGAAUGAAAAGAGUAAGUGGGUAGGAGUCCUAAAUGAAUUACAUAGGAUUUUAAAGAAGAACAAGCUCAAAGAUCGCUCAGUCUAUGCUCCCAAAGAAGCAUAUGAUAGUACCUUGCCCCUUAUUAAAACCAGCCAAGCAGCAACAAUUAUAGAUCAUGAACGAAUAGCCCUGGGCAAUGAAGAAGGCUUAUUUGUUGUUCAUGUUACGAAGGAUGAGAUAAUUCGUGUUGGUGACAAUAAGAAAAUCCAUCAGAUUGAGCUCAUCCCAAAUGAACAACUUAUUGCAGUGAUUUCAGGACGAAACCGUCAUGUACGACUAUUCCCUAUGGCAGCCCUGGAUGGUCGAGAGAUUGAUUUUUAUAAACUGGCAGAAACUAAAGGUUGCCAGUCAAUAGUUGCUGGACAAGCGCGCCAUGGAGCUCUUACUUGCCUGUGUGUAGCAAUGAAAAGACAGGUCCUCUGCUAUGAGUUAAAUCACAGCAAAACACGUCACAAAAAGAUAAAAGAAAUCCAAGUGGCUGGGAAUGUCCAGUGGAUGGCUAUCUUUAGUGAACGGCUCUGUGUUGGCUACCAGUCAGGGUUCUUAAAAUACCCUUUGUAUGGAGAAGGAAAUCCACAUAGUUUGCUUCAUCCAGAUGAUCACACACUGUCAUUCAUUACACAGCAGCCAACUGAUGCCAUCUGUGCGGUUGAAAUCUCAAAUAAAGAAUACCUGCUGUGUUUUAGCAGCGUAGGGAUUUAUGUAGACUGUCAAGGUCGAAGAUCUAGACAACAAGAACUAAUGUGGCCUGCAACUCCUUCUUCUUCCUGUUACAAUGCACCAUACCUCUCAGUUUAUAGUGAAAAUGCAGUUGAUAUAUUUGAUGUGAAUUCAAUGGAGUGGAUUCAGACUAUCCCCCUCAAGAAGGUGCGUCCUUUGAACACAGAAGGGUCACUAAAUGUCCUAGGACUAGAAACAGUUAGAUUAAUCUAUUUCAAAAACAAGAUGGCAGAGGGUGAUGAGCUGGUGGUUCCUGAGACAUCAGAUAACAGUCGAAAGCAAAUGGUCCGAAAUAUUAAUAAUAAACGGCGCUACUCAUUCCGAGUGCCCGAGGAAGAGAGAAUGCAGCAGAGGAGGGAGAUGCUGCGAGAUCCAGAAAUGAGAAAUAAAUUAAUUUCUAACCCAACUAACUUUAACCAUAUAGCACACAUGGGCCCAGGAGAUGGCAUACAGAUCCUCAAAGACCUGCCCAUGAACCUUCGGCCUCAGGAAAGUCGGGCUAUGUUUAGUGGUUCUGUCAGUAUCCCUUCAAUCACAAAAUCCCGGCCUGAGCCUGGACGCUCCAUGAGUGCUAGUAGUGGUUUGGCAGCAAGAUCAUCUGCGCAAAAUGGUAGUGCUUUGCGGAGAGAAUUCUCAGGAGGUAGCUAUGGAACAAAGCGUCAGCCAAUGGCAUCCCCUUCAGAUGGCUCUUUGUCUUCUGGUGGCUUGGAUCAAGGCAGCGAUGCACCAGUGAGGGAGUACGAGCGAGAGGACUCUGACUCUCCAAGACACUCUACAGCUUCCAACAGCUCCAACCUGAGCAGCCCUCCCAGUCCCAUUUCUCCUCACAAGACCAAGAGCCUCUCCCUGGAGAGCUCUGACCACGUGAGUUGGGACACAUGAACUGCUUCAGCACUCAGAUGUGGCAUCCCAGCAGCUUUGGGUCCCCAGGAUUCUCCACUUGCUCUCAUUGUCAUCUCCUCUCAGCUUCCCUACAAGAAUCAAACUGUGGGUGGGAGGGGGAGGAAGAGACUAUAUUUGCCAUCACUGGCACCGGUAGCGCAAGUUCUCUUCCCCUCCUAAUAGUAGCCAGCAAACAAAAGAAAAUCUUGGUGGAGGGCAGCACGGAGUUGUUGGUAUAUGAGAAAUAUUGGUAUAUUUCUAUUAUUAUCUAUUUUAUUUCAUAGGAUUAUGAAAUUCCAUUGACUGGCAUAUUAUGCAAUACACCACACUCCAAACAAAACAUGGUGGUGUAGGCUGAUAUACACAAUAUGUAAUGGGAAACCAGAUAGAUUUUGCUUUGAUACACGUAGACCCAUAUUAUAUUUUUUCAGGAAUAAUACAGCAACACCCUCCAUGUUUGGUGAUAGGGUGAAAUUUGCCCUGCCAAGGAAGAGACACAUGCUUUCAGACAACCACUCUGAAUGUCAGUCUGAUUGUUGCCAGUAAAUCUUAUGAUUUGGGGGAAAAAUGAUGCAUAUUUUACUAUAAUAGAGUUUAAGUAAAUACACAAAAUUAAGAGUUAGUACAUAUGUAUAUAAUAAAAGAAAAAGCAGCAUUAUGAUGCAGCAGAAGAUGGAUUCCUAUUUAAGAGAUCCUUUAAUUUAAAAUUUGUGGUGUUCCUUUUUUCAUACUAAAUAAUCUAUGGACUGAGGGUGUGAUCUGAAUUUAGAACAUGGCACUGGAUAAAAAGCAUACAGCCUAGAUGAAGACUCCAUCCUCAUAAUUUUUGCUCUGUGACAUUUCCUCCUUAUCAGUAGAAAAACUAAAGCCAUAAUCAUCAUUUUAAAUUAUCUCUGCCUGUUUCUGCCUGCUCUUUACUUCUACAUACAAAACCUAUCGUUUACCAGUACAAGGAUGAAGUAAACUGAAGGGUAUCCAAACAAUUAUGGAAUCCCCUCAGCUGAAGUAAGUGCAAAUAGAAAUGAGCUUUUGGAAGAUUAGGGCUAGGCUUUCAAACCCAUUUUGCCUUUUAAUCACCAGGAGCUCUUAAGUAACCUUUCUUAGUUGACUAAUUACAUUCACCGAAUACAGGGAUCAUUCAGUCUGAAAAAGAAGUUUGUAGUUUGUUCUUGAACACUGAAGGUAAAUACGCUGCUCAUAGAGUUGUACUUUGCUAAAAUACUCAGUGAUCCAAGACUUCUGUUCUAAAGAUUUCCUUUGUGGUCAUCUCCUCACCCAUCCUGGUUCAGAAUGUCAUUGUCAUUGAUGUAGAAUUCUGGUGGUGGAUCUCACAGAAAGCCUAGUCAGAGCACAGCAUUUUUCUUUGAAUAGUUGAUAUCCAUCAUCACCUAGAGAAACAGUGGCAAAGAUAACAUGCAAAUGGAGGGUAAAGGCAAACUCUUUUUCUUCCCUCUGUCUUCUUGAAUAAAGUGAGUACAGUUUGCAUUUUCACACUAGAUGAAUGUGAUGUUUCUUCUUGGAAUCAUUGCUUCUUUAGGCUAGAACCAAGCUCAAGUGGAUAAAGUGUUCAGGUGGUAAUUAAAAAAAAAAAGAAAGAAAAUAGUUUCCUUGACUAUUUUCAUACAUACAUCAUGGAUAUUGUCAAACAAUUACAGUCAACAUCAGCGGCAAAACAACACUACUGAAACUAACAAGAGUCCUUAGAUCCCCUCUGAAAAUCAUCAGCUACAAUCAUACAAAGUUCUGAUUAAGUACCAGAAGAUACAGAUCAUUGUCUUUGACCAUCAGGAUGUAUUCAGUCUGCUAAUUAUGUGUUUUUGUUUACACUUAGCUCUCUUACACUGGGGGAAUAGUUGGGGGUAGGAGGCAAAUUUAAAGCUUUGCUAUUAAGCAUGGUAUCCUAAACUUGUCUGCUGAACUGAGCUUGUUAAGAAUCUCAGAGUUGUUGGGUGUUCUGUCACGAGUUAGAAACAAAGGAUUUGAAUGUCAGAGCUACCAGUUAAACAUGCUAAAUGAAUUUCUUGCAAACCUUUUCCAAAGGAUUGAGACGCAGGGACAGAAGCAGCAUUUAAAAUCUAUCAGCCCUCUUGUCUCCUUCAACAAUCACCACUCAAGAUUCUGUUUCAAGCCACUUCAGUCCUUCCUACAAUGAUCUUGCCAUUGUCACUGUUCUGUACCAUGGUGAAAAGGUUAGCAUUCCCUCCACCCCAUCAUAUUUGCUGGUGGUUUUUUUAAGGCUUCUAGUUCUAGCUUUAAACUAUACACCUGGCCUGCAUGAUUAUUGACCUCAGAAAUGAUCUUGGAAGCCCUCAUCAAGUCCUAUGGCAAUCGAUUUGUGUUUCACUUGAAAACACAGUUGUCGCACAUUCAGACAAGAGCUAAGGGGAAGAAAUUUGCAAAAUAAAAAUAGUUUUACAUAAUAUCAAGCUAUUUCAUAAAUUAAACAACUAUCCUUUAUUAGGAUGCUGUAAGCUUGCAGUACCAGUAUUGAUAGAGCAUUGUGUACUUGUUUCCAGCUGUACCCAACACAUCUCUGAGUUAGCUAGUGAAUUGCUGCUGUGCAUUGCUCCAUUUUCAUUCAUACGUGAUUCUCUUUCUCCAGACACUUUUAUAUGCUCUGACUGAAUCCUGACUAAUUUGAUUAGGAUCUCUUUUGGGUACAUAGCUUGAAGCUGUGCUGGCCCUAAAUGAAAAGUUUUGCUUUGAACUGUCAGGCACUUCAUUCAUUGCCCUGUUAUAUUUAUGAGGUUCAAUAAAUUGGAUUAUAAUUAUAAAUGAACCUCAGAUGGUUCACCUCUUGAGACUGUGUGUGUAUUUAAAAUAGAAACGAUCUGUACACAUCAUUCAUGUUUCUUUUCAGAACACAUUCCUGUUGUGUAAUUCUCAUGAAUCAAGUCUUUCAUUAGUGGCUUUUUCUAAAGUUUCACUGAUAGGUUGUUUUGUAUUCCUAUUUUCCUUUUUUUUUUUCUUUUUCAGAACAGGAGGCUUUUGGAGGGGAAAAUUCACUAUAACAUUUAUGUUAAACUCUCAGGUACUUGGAAACAGCAGGCUAAUGUUUUAAUAUGAUACAUAUUAAUGCAAUAAUGUAUUUUUGGGGAUGUGAUUCACCAGAGAUAUAUCCUAGUCACAAACAAAGCUUUUGUUCUGAAGUCUAAGACUUGGGAGAUAAAUUGCAUUAAGGAUGGCGGAUGUUAAAAAGUAUACAUGACUUUUCAGCUACCAAGUUUCAGGGAUAACGUACACACCACACAUGUAACAGCAGCAGCACAGCUUAUUCCUUUUUCUUUUCCUUGUCUGUUGUUUAAUGAGAAAGGCAUUGGCUUGUUGGGAUUAUACCACAAAGUUACCGCUUGAUAACCUGGUUUCCUUAUCUAGACGCACUGUUUGGAGACCCCAGGACAUGUGUGUGCCUUGAGAGGAAGGUUACUGAAAGGCUCCUGGCAAAAACUAGCCCAGAGCAGUAAGACUAAUCAAGGCACUGCUCUGUCACUUUAAAAGUGUCAUCAUUUAGGUUUUCCUGGGAAACAGAUCUAGGUUUGUAAUUCUUCGCCUACAGGGGACCUUCUGAAAUCAGGCUGUAGACUUUAAACUUUGGGGACCAUAUUGUAUGUUAAAGCAAUUCCACAAAAGUUUUCAUCUUUUCCUUUCUCAUUCUGCAUAAAACCUAGUCACACUGAUGAGGAAGCAAUUCACAACCAAAAAAUGCUGUUGGUAUUUAACAGAAUUAUACCUGCCUUUUUAUGUACGAUUUCAUAUCAUUUAUUUUUUAAAAAAAGAUAUUUUUAGGGAUUUUUCAUUGUAAUAUUGUUGUACAGUUUUGCAUGGCCUAGAUGUAAUCACUUUUUUUUUUUUUGGUUUUGGUUUAGAGUAUAAAAGCUGACAAGUGUGUGUGUGGGAGGGGGAAGAUUCUGCUUUGCCUCUUCUCACUCGUAUUUUUGAUUCAUGCCCUCAGUGUUGUAGAGGACAUUGUUAAGAGAUUCUCUGCUCCAGAACAAUGAUGUAGAUUCUAUUGCACAGAAAUAUUUAAGGUGGAUCAGUCAAAGAUGUAAUAAGUGACAGACCACCAAUAUUUUAUGUUGGUAACACUUAAUAUUAACCUACUUUGAUGUAUUGCAAUAAAACAGGGAAAUACUAGAAA